AUGCCUAAUAAAGAACAGCAACUGAAUGGAGCAACGGGUUUUUCCACUUCGACUCCGAUUUCCGGUUCCCCUCGAAAGGAAGAACCUCAAUCUGAAACUCCAGCAUUGCCAGCAUUGCCAGCAUUGCCAACACCAGCAACACCAGCAACACCAGCAACACCACCAUCAUCAACACCUUAUACCACCAGACUUAGGAACUGGAUGGGUAUCUACAAUAUGACUGAAGAUAAGCUUUUGGGAUUACUAGAAACGUUGAUUACUCAGUUCGAUAACUUUGUGCUCAUUCAGACAUUUAUUCCGAGAUUGAGACAGGAUCCUCACACAAAAUUGGGUAGGACCAUUAACUUCAUAUUAAAACAACUCUCGAAAUUCUACCUCAUCGUUAUAGCCAUUAACUUACGUAAGCUUUUGGUUAGACUCAUCAGAGUGAACAAACUAAUCAAACGGAUUGAACUCGAAUGUCGGAUACUUCGCAGCAGCAUGCCUUUUGCUGAUACGCAGUUCAAGAUUCCUCGACAAUUGAAAAGCGGACUUAUGGAGCUAUACACAGUUAAGGUGAAGACGGUAGUGGAACUUAUCGGGUUUUUAAACGAAUUACUACUUAAUUUAGACUUACUAUGGAAGAAGUUUCGGAUUCCAAAGCGCACAAAACAGAUCAUGAGUGUAUUGGGGUGGCUGAUAGGUAUCUACAGACUCAGUAAAGAUGACGAUGAAGAAGAAAAGACCAACCUCAAACUUAAGCAGAUGGAGAAGAAUUACCUUUAA